AUGUCCAAGGCCGAGAUUGACAAGAGUGUGAAUGAAAUCGUCAAGCGAUUGAUGUCAGUACGUUCCCCUUCAUGGGGUUGGGAAAUGUGGUCCACAAUAAUCGUCCUCCAAGUCGCAGCCCCUCGGAAGUUUUUUGAACGACAGAAAAGUGUUGCUGCUUUCAAAAGAUUAAUCAGAACGGGAUGGGAUGAAAUGGAGUUCCUCGAUAAAUGCGAGGCGGCCUUUGUGGUCAGAGCUCUUUGUAUCCACCCAGAUAUCAGUUCUGGAAAAGGGAGGAAUAUGCUUAAUGACAUUCAUGACGGGCUUGGUCGAUACAUACAAAAUACAGGUCCAAUUUCUCCAGAUGAAUUGAUAAACUUUAGUUUUGGAAUUGGAGCGCUCUGCAUCAACGACUAUUCGAUUGAUAGAUUCCUGGUCAACAAAUUAUUGGACAUGCAGCAUCCAGAUGGCAGUUUUGGCGUUGGAUCAGAAGCCUAUCGUACUACGUUAUGGUUGCUACGUCCAUUGUUUUGUUUAAGUCGGAUAAGCUUUCCACAUUUCAACGUAACAAGAGUCCAAGAAUCCGUGAAAAAACUCCGGUCUUAUGUUCUGAAUUUGCUGAACAACCCAAUCAAAUAUCCUGAAAUUAAAGCUUUUGAUUUCUUUGCUCAUGAUGCCCUUGUAGCAUUGUGGAAAUCGAGGCCAGAUAACGAGAAUUCUUCGAGGUGGUAUUGCAACGAAGUGAUGAAAGACAUCAGAGUUGCCCCAUCAGACAGUGAUACCGAAGAAGAUCUAAACAGGAAACUGCUGACAUUGACUGGCACCGACUACCUGGAUUUACAAGACUCGAGCUAUGCGUGCCUUUCUGCGAGUGAACUAGAUAAAAAGCCAAGAAGAUACAAGCCAACCUGCAACUAUGAAAUCCCAAAAACAUGUGGACUUCCAGCUUGAGGUUGUGGCCAACAUGAAACCUCGGAUUCGAAUCAAACUGCACAUAAUCCUCUUGUACAUUAGUUAAAAUCAAUUUGAUAUGAUUUUGAUGCUGAUUAGGCUGGUUCUUAAAAGGUGUUCAGUAGCCGUGUAAAUUUAACUUUGGCUUUUCAAACCUUUUCUUGUUUUAUUUGAAUCUUUAGUCAAAAAUGUUGGUCCUCAUAUUAAAUUAAGUUUGAAUUUUUUAUACAAUUUUGUGCGCUCUCGAAGUAUGCGCACCAAGAUGUCGCACAACCUUAACCCUAACCUGUCACACGUACCGUGUUCAGGUUGUGCGUCAUCUGGGUGCACAUACUACGGGAGCUCCCAACUUUGAUCUGGCCUCAUUGCAUGCAAAUAGUAAGACAAAAACAUAACACAUUCUAUUUAUAACAGUUGCAGUUUUGGCUUUCGGCAUCAAUAGCGUUUUAUCACCUAGUGAUCGAUUUCAUUAUCUUAAUAAGGCCUGAUUAAUCAGUGCAUUUGCAAGCAUCUAUGAUAUUUGAAUACAUA